UUCCUUUGUACUUCGUUCAACAUCCAGUCGAUGUAGUUGUUCGUCGCGGUUCAGUCGCCACUUUCUACUGUUUCGCUGACGGUAGUCCUAAACCAACAUUAUCUUGGCUGAAAGGCGAUACAUAUCUGACACCAGGACAGAAUUUUGGUAAAAUUCAGGUCUUGGAGGAUGGUACGCUCGAGAUUGGUAAUGUGCAGAUUCAAGAUGAUGGCGUGUACACGUGUAUUGCUAAAAAUAACAUGAGCCAACCUCUGAUGAGUAAUGCAAGUCUUACUGUAAUGUAUCCGCCAGUUAUUGUAAAUAUGAGCAGUAAUACAACAGUAACAAAAGACAUCCAGCUGACACUACAAUGCGAAGUGAAAGGGUAUCCAAUGCCGACAGUGACCUGGAUUACAAAAGACAGCAUUAACUCUAAAUAUACUGAGAUGAUGACACGAGAUGGAAUGCAUUAUUUGAAUAUAGCUAAAGUUCAAGAUAGUCAUGAAGGGAAAUUUAUCUGUGAAGCCAAGAAUAAACUCGGAACGGCGAGAAAAGAAUUGGUUUUGAAUGUUCAAG